AUGAAAGGUUUCAUCUUAACACUGUUUGUGGUUCUACGUGUUCUACCUGGCCAGGCUUUGGUGCACCGCUAUUCGUUUAUAAUUGAAGAGGCUCCAUAUACAAGACUUUGCAGCACUAAGAACAUUUUGACAGUAAAUGGCCAAUUUCCAGGACCAAGUCUGCACAUCCGUCAAGGCGAUACAGCCAUUGUUCAUGUCCACAACAAGGGAAACCAAAACAUCACUGUUCACUGGCAUGGAGUCAAAUUGCCGAGAAAUCCAUGGUCGGAUGGUCCAGUAUACAUUACUCAGUGCCCUAUAAUGCCAGGAAAAUCUUUUAUCCAAAAUAUUCAGGUGACUGAUGAGAUUGGAACAUUAUGGUGGCAUGCUCAUAGCGAAUGGUCCAGAGCCACAGUCCAUGGUGCUUUUAUCGUUUACCCGAAAAGAGGAGAAAACUAUCCAUUUCCUCAGCCUCGUGCAGAAAACACCAUCAUUUUAGGAGAAUGGUGGAAGAGUGACAUACAAGAUGUUCUUACUCAGUUCCAACAUAGUGGGGGAGACCCGAUUGUGUCUGAUGCUUUGUUGAUAAAUGGGCAGCCUGGUGAUCUUUAUCCAUGUUCAAAGCAAGACACCUUUAAGCUGGAAGCGGAAUACGGCAAAACUUAUUUGCUCCGGAUGAUCAAUGCUGCCAUGAACAACAUUCUUUUCUUUUCCAUUGCAAAGCAUCAAAUUACUGUAGUUGGAUCAGACGGAAGCUACACAAAGCCGUUCAAGAGUGAUUAUAUUGCUAUAUCCCCAGGACAAACCAUUGACUUCUUGUUAGAAGCCAAUCAAGCACCUGAUCACUAUUACAUGGCUGCUAAGGUUUAUAACAGCGCUCUACCCGUCCCUUUCGACCACUCUACCACGACUGGAAUCAUAGAAUACAGCGGAAAUUACACUCCAUCUUCACCAUUAUCCUUCCCACGCCUUCCACUUUUAAAUGAUACAAAAGCGUCUGUUAAUUUCACAGGAGGCCUAAGAAACUUAGCAAGCAAAGUAGAUGUUCCAUUAAAUUUGGACACUAAGCUUUUCUUGACAAUUUCUGUCAAUUUACGCCCUUGUGAGACAAACAAUACUUGUACUGGACCUGCCGGUCACAGAUUUGCAGCGAGCAUCAAUAACAUAAGCUUUGUUCAACCUCAAAUUAACAUACUUCAAGCUUACUAUGGUGGUCUUAGAGGGGUCUAUGAAGAACAAUUCCCGAGUUUCCCACCUUUGAAAUUUAAUUUCACUGCACAACCUUUCCCAUUCAAGUUGACGAUACCUUCUCUGGGUACAAAAGUUAAAGUUCUUGAGUACAACUCCAAUGUGGAGAUUGUUUUACAGGCAACAAGUUUGGUUUGGUCACCAGAUCACCCUAUGCAUUUACAUGGCCAUAGUUUCUAUGUAGUUGGUUCGGGCAUCGGAAACUUUGAUGAAAAAAAAGACCCUUUGAACUAUAAUCUUGUUGACCCUCCUCUAAGGAACACGAUUGCUGUUCCUAGAAAUGGCUGGACAACCAUCAGAUUCAAGGCAAAUAAUCCUGGAGUAUGGCUGAUGCACUGCCACCUAGAGCGUCAUGCAACUUGGGGGAUGGAGAUGGUAUUCAUUGUUAAAAAUGGCAAAAGCCCACAAGAACAGUUGCUCCCUCCACCUUCAGACAUGCCACCUUGUUGA